UAGAGAGACGCUCCUAUGACAGUUUUCUUGGUUCGUAUCGAUAUUCCUGGUACUGUGCUGCUAUAAACGUUUCUAAAAGUCGCCAGGCAGGGUAGAGAGGGGACUGACUCGAGGGUCGCAGGUGACGUUCAUUUGAUGCUCAGCAUGUCCUGAAGAGGCACGCGCUGUGGUGAUGUGUCGCGAUGCAUAUGUUAUUCGUUCGAUGCUAAUACACCCCUCGCAUGCUACACCGCUUGCCGGGCGAUAGCGAAGCCCCCGGAGCACGCCGCGUCGCCAGUCAACAUCAACAUGUAGCACGCGUUCUAAGGAGGAAGCCGGAGUAAUGAGGAACGCAGUUAAUCCACUGUCGAUCAAUAGCAGCGAAUCCAUCUUUACGGCGGAGUGUGUGGGGUAGAGCUGAGAAGAACCACGGGUUCCAGAAGACGAGGUACCAAGAAGCCAGCUCCCAGAACGAGAACGUCGUAUAUAGGUCCUAUUGUUGUUGUGGUAAAGCUUUAAGAUGGAAGACGGGGAGUGUGACAUUGCGAUUAUAGACGGGGUGCCCCCGUCGGCUGACGGAAGAGCCGCCGUGGACGGUACGCUGAACCGGGUCGAGCAGCUUCAGGAAGAAACGUACGAGAGGAACGAUGAAGACGAGAGGAUCUUCGUCAAGAAAUGGCAAAUCGCCUGCGUGUUGCUGUUCGUGCUUGUUGCCGUUUUAGCGGCGGUAUAUUUCGUCGUCAUUCGCACGAAGGCGACCAGAUCGCCCCAUAAUUUCUACACCGCCAGGAGCAGUCUCGAACCCUUUUAUCCCGUCCCCACCUUCCCCACCACCGAAGGACCGCAGGAAAUCACCCGGCUCCCCGAUUACCUCCUCCCGUAUAAUUACAAAGUGAAAUUACGUCUCGAUCUGUCUGAAACUACGUUUACUGGGUCGACCACGAUAAAUCUAAGAUGCUUACAAGCGACCCAAGUGAUAGUCCUAGAUUGCAUCGAAGGAAACAUCACCAACGCGUCUGUGGCAGUGGUAGAUUUGACGACGGCUGAUGUACAAGUUGUGAUUGAAUUAUUGUAUGACGACAGCGAGGGGCGACUGGUUGUUUACCUUGGGAAAAGGCUUCAGGAAGGUCGCAUCUAUAAACUCGAGAUAGCGGAAUUUAUGGGAAAAGUGCGCACGCAACCCCCAGGACUCUACACCACAGACUACAGACAUAGCGAUGGCUUACGGCAGAUGCUGGUAUCCAGUCUGAAGCCGAUGGGAGCUCGGUACGUCUUCCCCUGCAUGGAUGACCCGGCCAUGAAGGCCACCUUUGACGUCACGAUAGAGCACCCCAAAGGACAAACAGCGCUCUCCAAUAUGCCGUCCAAGACAAAGACAGUGCUGACAGACGGAUGGGUCAGGGAAGAGUUCUAUCGAACCCCAAAGAUGUCCACCCACCUCCUGGGCUUCGCGUUAUUUGAUGGGCUCACCAGUCUUGAGGCAGUCAUCUCCCGAGGGAGGGUGGUGCGGGUUUGGGCGCCAUUUGAUCCAGAGGAAAACCCGUCUGUGGAGGUCGCUCUGAACACGACGAUUGACGCCAUACACAACAUAGAACAGUUGGUUCCAGUGGAGUAUCAGCUUACAAAGACAGAUGUAAUUCCUGUACCAGGAUUAUCAGUGCCUUCUUCCGACUACUGCGGCCUUCUUAUGAUCAGGGAAACAGCGUUGUUCUGUGACGGGCAGGAAUCCAGCAUGUCUAACCAACUCAAGUGUGAGCUGGCCAUCAGCAAGGCAGUGGCUCACAACUGGUUCGGGAACUCCGUCACAGUGGAGUGGUGGGACGACCUGUGGCUGACCGAGGCCCUCAGUACCAUGCUUGCAUACGAAUCAGUCGCAUAUCAACGCCCAGAUGUCAACAUUGGUAUUGGACUGCUGCGAAUGCUUGACACCAUCAUCAGUGACAAAGAGUUUCUAAAAGCAAUCGAGAAUGUAUUAGCGAGGUUUUCACAAGACAACAUGAAUAGAUCACAGUUUUGGGACGCAGUAUCUGAGGCGACAGGGUUUAGAAUAGACGUGGCCGCCUUUAUGGAGCCGUGGGUGACACAGCUGGGAUAUCCGUACGUGGCGCUCGGACGGCAUGAAGAAAGGGACGAGUCCAGAAACAUGUUCUUCGUCCAGGAGCCCUUUUACUACUCCGGAUAUGUCGAUUUUAUGCGGCAUUUACACCCAAAUACGAUACCCCCAGACAUCCAGGAGUCUGUCAUACACGUGGGGAUCGCAGCAGGCGACCAGAACGUCUGGUGGCACGUGUGGAAACAGAGUAACUCUAGCGCCAUCUCAGCACAAGAACGGCAAAUAUUUCUCUGUGGUCUCGCUGCGUCACAGCAGGAGUGGGUUCUGUGGAGAUAUCUUCAUUUUAUAUUCGAAGAAAAAGGGAUCACGGUGCAAGAGGCAAGUUUGAUAUUUCAAUGUGUGACACAAACUAAGGUCGGAAGGGAGACAGCUUGGAAGUUCGUCCAAGGGAACUGGGAGAAACUGACAUCAAAAUACGCAGAUGUCCCGACCUUACUAGAGGCCAUCAUCCAAUCAACGUUAACAGGUCUAUCAACGGAUCAACAUUUUGACCAGUUGGAGCACUUCUCAAGUUCAGUACAAGAAAAGUAUCUGAGAGAUCUGUUGGAGGAAGCCGUGCAUGCUACAAGACUGAACCAGAGGUAUAUCGACAGGAACUUGCCUUACCUCGAGGACUGGUUAAAGUUGCCGUGUGCACGGGCGGACACAAGGGACACAAAACGCUAACUACAGAACCAUCACAUACUUUUUCUCCUGAUGACAGACUAGAAGUCAUUCGGUGAAAGGUUCGUCAAAAUCCUACGGAAGGAAAGCUAAACCUAGAUUGGAAUCGCUCGUCUUCCUCACCAACACCGUGUCACCACUGCAUAUUUUGAUGAUAGAUCACUGGGUGGCUCUUUCGUGAUCAAGCGCCACCUAUCGAGUGUUGUUGGUGCUACUGUGCCGGUACCAAACUGUC